UUUAAGGACAAUGUAAGGCCUGGAUUUCUGUCAAUGCCUCACACAAGAGUCAGUUGUCCCACCCUGAUUCUGUGUCCAAAACGAAGGGAAUGGGCCCAGCCUCACUGCAGGAGGAGACGGAGACGGCCAUACAGUCCAAGGAGGAGAUGGAGAGCUACCGCUGCCUUCUGCAGGCUGGCUCCCAGCUGGAGAGCACUCUGCAGCAGGUGACUGUCCCUGUGAGCCUGAAGGAGGUGGGAGGCUACAUCGAGAAACAAGUGGCAUACCUUUCGGGAGGACGUGGGGAGGACUCUAGUGUCAUCAUCACCCUCCCAGAGUGCUCGGCAUUCAGUGACAUUCCAGAGGAAGCUUUAGCCAAAGUCUUUACAUACCUCACACUCAUCCCUCGAACGAGGCAACCUGGAGUCAAAUUUAUCAUAAUUUUAGACCGAAGACUGGAUACAUGGGCUUCAAUCAAAACUGCACUUGCCAGAAUAGCUGCCUCCUUCCCUGGGAACCUCCAUCUGGUCCUGGUGCUCCGACCCACCAGCUUCUUCCACCGUACUGUUACAGACAUCGGCUUCCGUUUCAGCCAGGAUGACUUCAUGCUUAAGAUGCCAGUGGUGAUGCUGAGCUCUGUCACAGAUCUGCUACACUACAUAGAUGAGAACCAGCUGACGUCUGAGUUUGGAGGCACUUUGGACUACUGUCACAGUGACUGGAUCGUUUUACGAACCGCAAUUGAAAGUUUUGCUGUAACGGUAAAAGACAUCGCUCAGAUGCUGCAGGGCUUUGGUACUGAGCUGGCAGAGAAGGAGCUGCCCGAUGAAGGGAAAACCAUCGAGCGUCUCCUUGAAAGUCACACGGAUAAGUACAGAAAACUCAAGGAUGCAAUCAGGUCAAUUUCAAAGGAGGGUCGCCAUCUUCUCUCCAACCUGGAAGCCAGUGGGAAGGAGGAUGACUCCCAUUGGGAUGUGAAGCUGGACUGGGAGACAGUGCAGAGGCUUCUUGCCCAGCUUAGAGACAUGGAGUCUGCCUUUGAUGGCUUCUUUGAAAAGCAUCAUCUGAAACUCCAUCAGUACCUUCAGCUCCUUAGAUAUGAGCAAAGCUUUCAGGAGAUGGAUUUAUGUUUGGAUCAUCUCAUGGGUCGGGAGAAGGAGCUGUCCGUCAAUGUAAACACUUUGGUUCAAGCAGAAGAAGCUCUCAAAAGGCUCGACAGUCUGGAAUCUAACGCACAGGAAGUGAUGUCUCGAGCCCAGAUCAUCAUCCUUCACGGACACCAGCUGUCAGCAUGUCACCACUACGCCAUGGCUCUCAUUAUGCAGCGCUGCAACGAGCUUCGUCACCGCUGCGAAACUCUCUCUGCUGCUCUCAAAACCAAACACUCUUUUCUGAUGCAAACUCACCAGCUGCUGCUUUGUGUCGAGCAGGCCCAAACCUGGUGCGAUAGUGGAGCGUACAUGUUGGCCAAUCAGCUUGUAGACAAGUCCCAGUCUAAGGAGGGGGCCCAAGCUGCUUUGAGGGAAAUCGAGAGGUUCUUGGAGGGAACACCAUCUAUGCUGAGCUCAAGUCCUGAGAUUCUAGCUAUAGAGUAUGAAGCCGUCAUCACGCCUCAGCUACAGGCCCAUUUUGGGAAAGUCUUUGAGAAGCAUGCAGCUGUGCAGCAGCUGAUCCAGAACCGACAAGCUUGUUUAAGGAAGCUAGCUGAGAAACAUGUACGACCAGUGCAGCUGGUGGCCCCCAGACCUGAAAAUCAACCACGCGCCAAGUCGCCACUCUUCUCUCCAAAGCAUGGUGAUGGCUUAAAAUUCACAUUUGACAUUACACUUCCUGGAAAGAAAUCAUCGCGAAAGAGCCCCAACACCAGAAAAAUUGAGGUGAUUCAUGACUACCAGGAGAGCCGGAGCUGUGUGUCAUACGGUCUGGAUGGAGACGACAGCCCGGAUUUCUUAAAGCGUCAUGUGAUGAGGGAACUCAUAGAAACUGAAAGAAUCUAUGUGGAUGAGCUCCUGUCAGUGCUGCUGGGUUACAGGGCUGAAAUGGACAAUCCAGCUCUGUCAGGUCUUCUACCUCCAACACUUCGAAGUAAAAGAGACAUUCUUUUUGGAAACAUGCCUGAGAUCUACAAUUUUCACAGCAGGGUAUUUCUUCAGGAUCUGGAAGGAUGUCUUGAGGCUCCUGAAACUGUUGGAGCGUGCUUCCUUGAACGGAAAGGAAGUUUCCAGAUGUAUGAAUGGUACUGUCAGAAUAAGCUGCGCUCUGAAGCGCUGUGGAGACAGUUCUCAGACUGUGCCUUUUUUCAGGAGUGCCAGAAAAAGCUAGAGCACAAACUGGCCCUGGAUUCCUACCUGUUGAAACCAGUCCAACGUCUCACCAAAUACCAGCUGCUGCUCAAGGAGCUGCUGAAAUACAGCUCAGAUUGUGAGAGCACAUCUGAGCUGCAGGGGGCGCUGACAGCUAUGCUGGACCUGCUCAAAUCAGUCAAUGACUCCAUGCAUCAGAUUGCCAUCACAGGAUAUGAGGGUGAUAUCUGCGAGCUGGGCCGGGUGCUGAUGCAGGGUUCCUUCAGUGUGUGGAUCAGCCAUAAGAGAGGUGCCACCCGCAUGAAGGAGCUGGCUCGCUUCAAGCCGAUGCAAAGGCACUUCUUCUUGUACGAGAAAGCUCUGCUGCUCUGCAAGCGUAGAGAGGAGCAUGGAGACAGCAGCGUCAAGACCUCCUUGUACAGCUUCAAGCACUGUCUCAAGAUGACUGCAGUGGGGAUCACCGAGAACGUUAAGGGAGAUGUAAAAAAGUUUGAGAUUUGGUACAGUGGCAGAGAGGAGGUUUAUUUAGUUCAGGCACCGUCAGUGGAGGUGAAGUUGGCCUGGCUCAACGAGCUCCGACGAAUUCUGACCAACCAGCAGAAGCUGCUCAGAGAUGGAGCGCAUCAACAUGGUCCAGCUGCUGAACACAUGCAGAUUUCUCCAUCACUCACAGAGAGGCUUUGUGUGUGGCGCAAACAGCAGAGAGAGUCAGUGAGCUCAGAAGACACGGAGUCAGGGAGGAGCAGUCCAGAACCCCAGCCUCACUCCUCCAAACACCUCCAGCCCAAUCGUAGGAGUUGGCCCGGAGCUCAUCAAUCUGUAGACAUCUGCGAGGGUCUGGAGGAGUGGACUGGAGAUCAGGACACAUUCCACCCACCAGAGACGGAGGAGAAAAACUUACUCAAACUGUUUCCAGGGAGAUACAGGGCUUUGGCUGACUGUCCCCAGAAUGGACCAGACAGCACCCUCAUCAAAUCUGGAGACGUCAUCCAUCUACUAUGUGAGGACAGCAGGGGACGCUGGCUGGUGAAAAAUCAGAGUCGACAGCAGGAGGGAUUCAUCUCAGCUCCCAGUCUGCACGUAAUUAUAGGAAACAGCCAAGAACACUCCCCCAGACUAGGAGACCCGGGGAACCUGAAGGUGAGAAAGCUGAGCUCCCCGUAGAGGAGGAAGCAGCG